AUGGCGAACAACAACAGGUUGCUCGCACCUCCUAUAACCAUAGACACACAUUAUGAUAAUACUGCAUCAUCCUCGUCCGACCCCAUCAGCCCUCUAAGUCCUACCACCGCGCAAGAGCUCUCCCCAGAUAGGCCGUCUUCAUCCAACGAUGCGAACUCAUUUCUCUUUCCUCGGAGUCCAAACUCGUUCGACGGAGAGACUCUUCGUUCGAGAGCAAACUCUGUCAACUCAAAUGUGGAAACGCUCCGGUCACGUUCUGGUUCGACGGUUAAGCCACCUAUCAGACCAGAUGGCGCAGAUUACGACGAUGUUCCUCUAUCAGAAGCCUUAAGGGCGGAUGAGCGCAAUAAACAAGAUUUUGAGGUGGAAAAUAAUCCGUUCGCAUUUUCGCCAGGCCAGCUGAACAAACUUUUAAAUCCAAAAUCGCUAGCUGCAUUCAAAGCUCUCGGUGGAUUGAAAGGGCUGGAAAAAGGAUUGAGAACGGAUUUAACCGCCGGUCUAUCACUCGACGAGACACACUUAGAAGGGACCGUUAGUUUUGAGGACGCCGUCCACAGCAGUUCAACCAAACAUGAAGAUACCAAUACCUCGACUGCUCAGCGGCCUAUAUCCAAGGACGGAGCCCAAUAUGCAGAUCGCAUCCGAGUCUUUGACCGAAACAAGUUACCUGAAAGGGAAAGUGACAGCUUCUUGGUAUUACUAUGGAGGGCCUAUAAUGAUAAGAUCAUCAUUCUUCUCACUAUUGCUGCCGUUGUUUCAUUAUCUCUUGGCCUCUAUGAGACAUUUAGCGGCGGAAGUAAAGUUGAUUGGGUUGAGGGUGUCGCAAUUUGUGUGGCCAUCUUGAUUGUUACUAUUGUUACUGCGGUUAAUGACUGGCAGAAAGAACGGCAAUUCGUCAAAUUAAAUAGGAAGAAAAAUGACCGUGAAGUCAAGGCUAUCCGUUCCGGAAAAUCUAUUAUGAUAUCUAUUUUCGACAUCACAGCUGGCGACAUCCUUCACCUUGAACCAGGUGAUGCAGUUCCUGCUGAUGGUAUCUUCCUUUCUGGCCAUGGAGUUAGAUGUGAUGAGUCCUCCGCAACUGGAGAGUCAGAUCAGAUGAAAAAAACCGAUGGACACGAAGUUUGGGAGCGAAUCAACAAUGGAACUGCUACGAGGAAACUUGACCCCUUCAUUAUCUCCGGCAGCAAAGUCCUUGAAGGCGUCGGAACCUACCUCGUCACUAGUGUUGGGCCAAACUCAUCCUAUGGCAAAAUCAUGCUUUCACUCCAGACCACAAAUGAUCCCACACCACUUCAAGUCAAGCUAGGAAACCUUGCUGACUGGAUUGGUGGACUUGGAAUGGCUGCUGCUGCUACCUUGUUCUUUGCGCUUCUCUUCCGGUUCCUAGCCCAAUUGCCAGAUAACCACCACUCGCCUGCUAUGAAAGGCAAAGAAUUCCUGGAUAUUCUUAUCGUUGCUGUUACUGUGAUUGUUGUUGCAAUCCCAGGAGUAUCAGAGGGUCUUCCACUUGCAGUCACAUUAGCACUCGCAUUCGCUACAAGCCGAAUGGUCAAGGAAAACAACCUUGUUCGAAUUCUACGCGCUUGUGAAACUAUGGGCAAUGCAACGGUUAUUUGCUCAGAUAAAACCGGUACUCUAACGCAGAACAAAAUGACAGUCGUUACAGGAAACUUUGGGAUGAAAAGCACAUUUGAUCGCACACCAGAAGCUGAGGAUGAAGGCCCAUCUGCUGCCGCCCAGAUAUUUAAUGAAGCCUCUACUGCUGCUCGUGAUUUAGUGAUGAAAAGUAUUGCUCUUAACUCGACUGCCUUUGAAGGCGAGGAGAAUGGCGAAAAAACAUUCAUCGGAAGCAAAACGGAAGUCGCUAUGCUACAUCUCGCUCAAAGUUACCUUGGCUUGAGCUUGACUGAAGAGCGAGCCAGUGCCGAAAUCGUCCAACUAAUACCCUUUGAUUCCUCCCGCAAAUGCAUGGGAGUAGUCAUUCGUCAAUCCGAUGGGUCAUUCCGUCUUCUUGUUAAGGGUGCCGCGGAGAUAAUGCUGUAUCAGUCAAGCAAUGUCAUCUCGGAGCUACCUGCGCCUCAACUCCAACCCAACAUCCUCACGCCUAAGGCUAAAUCCGAAAUUCUCGACACCAUAAACUCCUAUGCCAAACGCUCUUUGAGAUCUAUCGGCAUGGUCUAUAAGGAUUUUGAAUGCUGGCCACCACAGGGCGCUAAGACAAUGGAAGAGGACAAGUCAUGCGCUGAUUUCAAUGACGUUUUCAACAACAUGACCUGGGUUGGCGUUGUUGGAAUUCAGGAUCCACUCCGAGACGAAGUUCCUGAUGCCAUUAAAAAGUGUAACAAGGCUGGUGUCAGUGUCAAAAUGGUCACAGAAUGUGGUAUCAAAACUCCCGAAGGUAUUGCUAUGGAAGGUCCCAGGUUCCGACAGCUCUCUGACGAGGAAAUGGAUCGGAUACUUCCUAAGUUGCAAGUCUUAGCUCGUUCAUCGCCUGAAGACAAGCGUAUUCUUGUUAGCCGCUUAAAACAUCUUGGAGAGACUGUUGCCGUGACUGGCGACGGUACCAACGAUGGGCCUGCACUCAAAGCUGCGGAUGUCGGUUUCUCCAUGGGAAUUGCUGGUACCGAAGUUGCAAAGGAGGCCAGUUCUAUCAUUCUCUUGGACGACAACUUUAAGUCCAUUGUGACGGCUAUCUCUUGGGGACGAGCUGUAAACGAUGCUGUCGCAAAGUUUCUACAGUUUCAAAUCACUGUUAACAUUACCGCUGUUGUAUUGACCUUCGUUUCAUCUCUUGCCAACUCAAAGGGCAAAAGUGUUCUUAACGCAGUUCAACUCCUUUGGGUUAACCUCAUCAUGGAUACCUUUGCUGCUCUAGCACUGGCUACCGAUGCUCCUACUGAAAAGAUCCUCGACCGUAAACCAUCUCCAAAGUCCGCGCCUCUUUUCACCAUAACCAUGUGGAAAAUGAUAAUUGGACAAGCCAUCUAUCAGCUCGCCGUGACGCUGGUACUAUACUUUGCGGGAGCUAAGAUAUUUGGAUAUGACCUUGAGAAUAAGAUACUGUCUGCCCAGAUGGACACAAUCGUCUUCAACACAUUCGUUUGGAUGCAAAUUUUCAACGAAUUCAACAACCGUCGUCUUGAUAACAAGUUCAACAUUUUCGAAGGCAUGUUCAAGAACUAUUUUUUCCUAGGUAUCAACGCAAUUAUGAUCGGCGGGCAGAUCAUGAUAAUUUUUGUUGGCGGUGCUGCAAUUGGCGUCAAGGCUCUCACCGCAGUGCAAUGGGCCAUUUGUAUCGGAACCUCUUUGCCCUGUCUCCUGUGGGCUGUUAUUGUGCGCUGUCUCCCCGACCGACAUUUCGAAAUCGUCAUGAACAUGGUCAUUGCCUGCUUCAGUUUCUUCUGGAAGCCAAUCGCAAGGGCUUGUCGUGUCAUUUUCUCUCCCAUCAGAAAGGCAUUUAAGACAUUUGACCAGACUUUAUUCCCUAAGAAGGAUACCCUCCAACCCGAGGAGUUGAAUGAAAAGAGACCACGAGACGAAGAGAUUGGUGACAUUGAGAAACAAGCAGCAAAUUCUUUCCCUGUUGCUGCUCCGCCGACCAUCGCGCCACCACCCAUCACUCUUACGGCUCCCAGUUAA